AUGGAAUCGUUCAAUCUCCUCAGGAGGCGCACUACGGAGCUGUUCAACUCCAUGCCCGCGGUGCCCUCGAUGCCCUCAAUGCCAUCAAUGCCCUCACUGGGCAGCCGUGGAAGCAGCGGCAUGAAAGGAACCUGGGAGAAACUCGAUAUCCCACCGCUUCCGCGAUCGUCGCAUUCGGCCGACAUCGUGGCCGGGACAGUCUACAUUUUCGGCGGCGAGAUCGAGCCCCGCCGUCCCGUCGACAACGACAUGCACGCCAUCACGCUGCCGUCGAGCGGCGCCCAGGCUGACUACUACGCUAUCAAGGCCAAGCCAGUCAAGUCCUCAACUCCCGCUGCGAAACUUGCCGUCCCCACGGUGAAUGAGCCCAAGCCCGAAUCCGCCUCCGAGUCCGAGUCUGACGAAGAUGAAGAAGACGAUGAGGACGACGACGACGACGAGGAUUCCGAAGAGGAGGACUCGGACGAAGAUUCCGAUGACGACAAGGAGCUAUCUGAAGUCCCACUAACCACCCCCUCUCCGGGCCCGAACGCCAGCGCCAGCGCCAACGCCAAGGGCAAGGGCAAAUCCAUCUCGCCUCCGGAGCUGCCCGACGUGCCCGCACCGCGCGUCGGCCACGCCACGGCGGUGAUCGGCCACCGCAUCUUUCUCUUCGGCGGGCGCGGCGGUCCAGACAUGGCGCCGCUGGACGAAGGGGGCCGGGUGUGGGUGUUCGACACGCGCACGCAGCUCUGGUCCUUCCUGGACCCGAGCCCGGCCGCCGCGGGGCUGCCCGACAUCCCGCGCCCCGCGCCCCGCAGCUACCACGCCGCCGUCGCCACCUCCAAGCCCGACACCUUCGCACACCCGUCCCGCCCGAACUCGCAACCGCACACCAAGGUUGAGGCCUGGCGCGACUGGGCCCUCGGCACCUCCGCCGAGGCCGAGCACACCCACGGCACCCCGCAGCGGCCCGUCGUCGGCGUGCUGGCCGAGCGCGCCACCGACCCCGACGCCGACGGCUACGGCACGCUCAUCAUCCACGGCGGGUGCCUCGCCGAAGGCAGCGGGCCCGCGCGCGCGGCCGACGUGUGGGCGUUCGACGUGCGGUCGCGCGUGUGGCAGCGGUUCCCGGACGCACCCGGGGCGGGGCGGGGCGGGGCGGCGCUCGCGCUCGGGGGCACCGCCGGCGGCCGGCUGUACCGGUUCGGCGGGUUCGACGGCGAGGCCCAGGCCGGCGGGCAGCUCGACUUCCUCGAGCUGGGCGUCGACACCUUCGACGACCAGGUCUCGGGCGGCGAGGAGGCCGUGCUCUGCCCCCGCGGCCGCGCCGGCUGGAAGAGCCUGCUCUUCUUCGGCAACGAGGACGUCGGCUACAAGGAGGUCGACGCCGCCACCCGCCCGCUGCACGCCCGCCGCCACGGCGACGCCGACCCCGCCGAUGCUGCCUGGCCGGGCAACCGCAGCGUGGCCUCCCUCGAGGCCGUCUCCGUCGGCGGCGGCCGCGAGUACCUCGUGCUGAUGUUUGGCGAGCGCGAGGCGUCGGGGGCCGGCCACGCCGCGGCCGGCCGGUUCUGGGACGACGUGUGGGCCUUCCAGGUGCCGUCCGAGGGCAUGUCGCUGGCCAGCGUGGCCGAUACCGCCUUUUCGGUGGUGGGGCGGAGGAAUGGGGAGGGGUCCUGGACUAGGGUCGAGACGGCCCCGCAUGACGACGAGGACGAUGCCUCGGCUGAGGGCCCCGGUUCGCGCGGGUGGGUGGCGAGUGCCACCAUGGGCGCGCUCGAGGAGAAUGGGAUUGUUGUGUUUGGGGGGCUGAAUGAGGGGAAUCAGCGGCUGGGGGAUGGUUGGAUCUUCAGACUGGGUUGA